AUGUUGCUUUACAAACAGAAGAAGAAUCAGAACGCUAAAGGAAACAGAAUCUUAAUCAGCGUUACGGUUCUUGGUAGUGCUGGUCCGAUCCGGUUCGUUGCUUACGAGGAAGAUCUUGUUGCUUCGGUUAUUGAUACUGCUCUUAAAUGCUACGCUCGUGAAGGUCGUCUUCCUCUUCUCGGAUCUGAUUUUAAUGAUUUUCUUCUCUAUUGUCCAAUGGUUGGACCUGAAGCUUUAAGCGCAUGGAAUGCUAUUGGAUCGAUUGGUGCAAGGAACUUUACUCUUUGUAGGAAACCAGAGGAGAAGAAGGUAGUCAAGGAAGGUGAUGGAGCAAAGAAAGGAGGAAGCUUGAAGGCUUGGAUCAACAAGUCCUUUAACCUCAAAGUCUCCAGCCAUUGA